AUGGAUUGUUCUGCGUUAUCAGAAAAUCUCGCAAAAGCUAAACGGUCGCUAUUCAUAACAAAAUCUGAAAGUUUAAACAUGAGCCCCUUCAAGCAACAAGAGCGUGAUGCAAAAAAUAAUACUGCAGUGAGUUCAUCGCCAGGAAAGUUUCAAAUUUCGUUUUGUACUAUAGAAAAAGGGAGUCGGACGCAGAAAACAAAAAGUACUCAAACACAACACAAUGUACGCCAUGUCGUAGCACAAGUAAAACCUGACACAGCGACAAUAAGUACAAAUACAAGGGUAGGAAGAACACAAGAAUUUGAUGUCAGUUUGCAGCUAAGUGGUAGUGAAAAAUCAGUGAACUCAGACAUACAGAGUCGACCUUCAUCAAGCGCCACUUCUUCAAGCAAUCAGUCUUCAUCAAGUAGUGAUGCUCUCUUAGUACCCAGAGUACGAAAUACUGCAUACAUGGUGGCUGAAAUGGAAAGGUACCCACGUCUAUAUACGGGCAUUCCUCGAGACAGUUUUGGUAUAAUUAAAUUAUUGAGUAUUGAAACCAGACUAACAGAAGAAGAUAUUCUGCUAACGUUCUGCAAACCAUUCUGGGCAUUCAGACUGCGUUUUAGUUAUUUGACAAAUUUUUUUGCAUAUUUCGGGCGUUAA